AUGAGGAACCGAUUGCUAACAAUUAGGCAGACUGGUGGAUACUCUGGCUACGUAGGCAAGUUUCGGGAGCUGUAUCGCAUUCUUCGUGUCGACCAACUCACCGCAAUGAAUCUGUUCGUGAAUGGACUGUCGGACAUGCAGAUGAAACGUGAAAUUCAGCGGAGACAGCCACGCGACUUGAAUGACGCGAUCCAAAUCGGAUUUCUCGAGUGGGAGAUCAGGGAAAAACCUCCAGGAAAUAAUCGACCGACCGAAACCAGCUUUUGCGGCCGUGGACCGCACCGAGCCGAAGACUGCUGGUUUAAACAUCCUGAAAAGCGCCCCAGCCAAGCGAACAAGAAAGUCAACACCAUGUUUGCGCGGAUGACGGUCGCCGAAGACCAUGCGGAUGAGGGAAACGAGUAA